AUGUCUUCAUCUACGCAAAUUGUCCAAUGUUUCGGGAAGAAGAAGACUGCUACUGCAGUUGCUCAGUGCAAGGCCGGCAAGGGUUUAAUCAAAGUUAAUGGAAAGCCUCUGGAACUUGUUCAACCCGAAAUUCUAAGAUUCAAAGUUUACGAGCCCAUUUUAAUCGUUGGUCUGGACAAAUUUGCUGACGUCGAUAUCCGCGUCCGCGUUACCGGUGGUGGUCAUGUAUCACAGGUAUAUGCAAUCCGACAGGCUAUCGCAAAAUCAAUUGUUGCCUACUACCAGAAGUUUGUCGAUGAACACUCCAAAAACGAGUUGAAGAGGUCUCUUGUACAAUACGAUAGAACCUUACUAGUUGCCGAUAACAGACGGUGCGAGCCAAAGAAAUUUGGAGGACCCGGUGCCAGAGCAAGGUACCAAAAAUCAUAUCGUUAA